CAAGUACACACUGACUCCAGUGAUUCACUAAUCACUAUACGGCCGGAUGCCAUCCGGUGCCAGGCUACCUGCAAACAAACACGCGCAAGCUUGGGCGAUUCCAUGUGCAACUGUACUUUGUUUACAGAAAAGACAGGGCUGUGGUGGGGUAAGGCAAGGCUAGGCUCUCCUAUUAUCAAAGUAGCCAACCUUUUUCCCUCUGGUGCUGAGAUUUGUAGGGGCCAACCAUCAAGCAGGAGGUGAUUGCAACCAAACACACAUACUAUCCCACACAUUGACUUCUCUGCAUCUCUGUGCAGCUCAUCAGCCUGACUGUCUCUCUCAUCAGUCUUAUAUGUUUUUUGUGCUCUCUUUGUUGCCUUGUGCUGUCUCCUCUUUCUCUGGCUCCUUGCUUUCUGUGCCUCUCAACAAAGGGCAGUGUUCCUUGCUAGUAUGUCAUCUAGCUAGAUAGCAGACACAGAGCAAAGCUGCCUGGGCAGGCAGCUAGAAAAUUAGCAAAAAGGUUAGGAAGCAGUGGGAUUUGGUAGCUAGGUGUUGCUUUUAGCCACAUCGCUUUGCUGCAUCCUCAUGGGGAGGGCUCCGUGCUGCGAUAAGAACAAUGUGAAGAAAGGGCCAUGGUCACCUGAGGAGGAUGCCAAGCUCAAGGAGUUCAUCGAGAAGCAUGGCACCGGUGGGAAUUGGAUUGCUCUCCCUCAAAAAGCAGGGUUAAGGAGAUGUGGCAAGAGCUGUAGGCUUAGAUGGUUAAACUACCUGAGGCCUAACAUUAAGCACGGGGAGUUCACUGAGAACGAAGACAGGGUCAUCUGCAGCAUGUAUGCAAGUAUAGGAAGCAGGUGGUCAAUCAUCGCGUCACAGCUGCCGGGGCGCACCGACAACGACAUCAAGAACUACUGGAACACCAAGCUGAAGAAGAAGCUCCUGGGCUCCACGGCCGCCCCACACCCUCACCGCGCGCCGCGGCAGCACCACCACCACCACCGGCCCGGCCUGAACCUGAUGCUCCAGCAGCACACGUCGUCGCCCUCCCUACCCCAGGCCACCUACAACAGCUUCUUCUCCGGCGCCGGCGGAGCUCUCCACCACCACGACCCCAUCAUCUCGGCACUAGCGCUGCCGCCGCCGCACCACCAGGACUACAUGCUAAGCUCCGGCGCCGGCCUUGGCAUCCCAACAAACGCCCCGUCGUCGUCACUGCUGCACGCACAGCAGCAGUUUCAGCAGCAGCACCACCACCAGCAAGUGGUGAAGGAGGAGAGCGGCAGCAUGAUCGUGUUCGGCAGCGACCAGCAGAGCUGCAGCUCGUCGGACGGCGGCGGCGCGCACAGCCACAGCCAGACGCAUGCGCAGUUCGGCCAUGGCCAUGGCAAGGACCUGAGCUUCGACGGCUACUUGUUCGGCUACAACAAUGGCGGCAGCAUGGAGCAUGACAACAGGCUGCUUCUUCAUCAGCUGCAAGACGGUCACCAGCAGGUGGCGCCGGUGGAGUACAACUACGAGGAGAUCAAGCAGCUGCUCAUGAGCACAACCGCCGCCGGUAGUUUGCACGGCCAUGGCGGCCAUGAGGACGGAGGCGGAAUGGAAGGCUUCGGCGGCGGCGGCGGCUCGCAAGGGAAGGUGACGAUGAUGUAAAUGGCAUUGACUGCUGAGAUCGAUCAGAUGGCCGGACACAGGGAAAAAGUGAUUGAUUGAUGAUCAACGACGACAAGGUGUGUGUUUAAUUUUACUACUGCUGUAUUUUUUCAUCUUCUUCUGAUUUAAUUUUACAGUGUAGUGUACUAGUGACACGAUCGUGCGUGUGUGGUGUGUGUGGGUGGGCAGCUUAAUUACCCUGUGUCAUGGCUGCAUACACGUGCAGGAAGUUGCGUGCGUGUUACAGGCUGUGUAUGUGACCGUGACAUGGGAUCCAGAUUCUGCCCGGCCUCCUCCUCCUCCUCCUCCUAUAUAUACUGUAUUACUGUUGUACUUGUCUCUCUUUUUUCUCACCAGAGGUAUAGUGUCAUGAGCAUCUAUCAGAGCUCAGAGCAUGCAUGAGGUACACUGUGCAAAACUUGUUACUGUGUCUCA